UUGGUUUUGGGAACGAAGGCUACGACGGAGAGGAAGUUGAGUAUUGGAAAACGGCCCUAUUUAACUCAAGCACAUGUGGUAUCUUCACUACGCUCGUCCGAGAAACAGUACUCAUGCUGUAUUUAAACGUGAAGGCUUUCUUAUUCCAUCGUCCAAGAGAAUAAAUGGUGAUAAACCGAGGUCAUGCAGUUUUGAAUAUGUUUAUUCCAGUAUGAAAUUUCCUGACACACAAAAGCUGGUGUCUCCUCCAACACUUGCAAGUCAACGUCGUUCUUGUUUACAAAGAUUUAUACGUCAGGUUCCUGGACUUUUUGCAAAUGUGUGCAAACGUUAUUGAACUGUAAUCGAUUAGGCCAACGUAGGCACUAUGAGGAAUAAGAGCAAACUUUCAAAAACAAUAGGCCUACCAUUCCUUCUAAAGAUGAAAUAAUUGGUUGUUAAUCUUAAUUGCGCGCGGCAAACAAUGCCACGUGAAUAUGACGUUUACUCAUAAUCAAAACUGCAUAUUAAACUUAAACUUUUGGGUUUCCAGGGUGAUGUAGCAUGGCACCAGCGGACGGUCUUAUCAAACUACAGAUUAAAGUAAUUAGAACACCACUGAACAAGAGAAAUUCUUUUUUUUCAAAAUGGAAUGAUUUGAUAACCUCUGAAAGUGACACAAGCAUUUCAAAUUUUUUCAUUUAAACAAGUUCGUUAUUCAUCCCAAACAGAGCAACAUUUCACUCAAACAAGCAAAGUCCAAAUUCCAGUGCAGUUUUAUCUACGAAACCACAGAUCGAAACAUUGAAAAAUAAUAUGUCCGUAGUUAUUGCUUUAAGGCCGCUUGUUUGACUUGGCGUGAGCUUCAACACAGCAUCUGUGAUCUUUGGCUCCAAGGGACAUCUUAAGUCGGCUGCCGAUCACAGUCCACUCUGGCUUCACAUGGCAUUGGUAGUCACUGUUGCUCUGCCAUGAUACAUGUAUGUCUUCUUUGUCUGGAUCCUGACUUUGACAAGUACGACAGCAGCAUCGAUUUCCCUGAUACAUCAAUCACCUGUAAAGAAAAGAAAAACACAGAGUAAUCACUAGUUGGUAUAAUCUUGUAUUUCCAUCAAACUUUGAGAUCAUAACCUCACCUUGGCUAAAUACCAGUCCGAUGAACCACGGCGCCCUUGUAGCUUUUACAGGUAUGAAGUCUCCGUCUGUUGGUUCACUUGCGAACUUGCCAUCUGUGGUAAAAGAAUAUAAUAAAAAGUGUAAAAGAAAACUCACGCUUUUCGUAAAUGCAAACUUGAAAUCAACGUCAUAAUUUUCCCUACGAGCAUUUACGGAUACAGGAACUUUUUUAAUUUACCCGGUAAAAAUGAUUAUGAAUGCAUUUGCGGGAAGCAUUAUCUUUCGCAAACUGCAACUAUUCAAGAACAAUAUGCUCUCAAAAUGGAAACAAUUUAUGUAAUAAAUUGCCUGAUGAAGCUGGGCCAUUUUGCAAAGUGUUGAGGCCAGACGUGGAUGCCACCUGAGACUCAUCUGGUGCUGCCACUUGGGCAUUUGUAGUGAAGUUAUUCUUGGACUGGGCAGCUGAAGACACAACCUCCGUCACAGUUCCUGCCACAAAUUCAGUAACGUAUUUAUGUGGGAAAGCGAUUGACAACACGAGAAAUCCUGAAAAUUUAGGAGCACCAUACUACCCAUUCUUGAUGACUUCGGCGUCGGAAGAAAGAGGGCGGUUGAGUUUGGUCGAUCACGACAGAAGGUCAACGCACUAACUGGAGUUCGUUUUUCCUGAGCGUUAUGGGAAUUUGUCUUCAGAAGCACAGAGGUUCCUCAUAGUCAUGGGCAGAGAGCCCUUGUGGUGUGAAGAUUGUGGACAAAGCCAUCUUGGGGAUUGUCCAGUACAUGGACCAUUAUUAAAGGUUCGAGAUAAGAGUAUUCCCACUAGAGCGCGACUUACUUUACCUCACUAUCUCAUGCUGAAGGAUCUAGAACUGCGUACUGCAAACCAACAAGUUGUCGGAGUGUUUGCUCGUAAACUCAUCCAACAAAGAACGCAAUUUGGCCCAUUCAUUGCUCCCAGAGUACCAAAAUUGGAGACACUUCCUCAUGACAAUUCACCCAUCUACAAGGUGUUUAAAAAUGGUAAAGAAGUGGCUGCAUUAGACCUCAGCAGUGAAAAUUCAUGUAGUUGGAUGAUGUUUGUACGAUUAGCAACUACAUAUGAAGAACAGAAUUUGGUCGCCUAUCAGUUUAAUGAGGAAAUCUACUUUGCUACUUGUAAACCUGUCGCACCCCAUGCAGAACUUAAAGUGUGGUAUGCUUCAGAUUAUGCUCGUAAUAUGAACAUUACAUUGCUGUGUGCAGAUAAACCAGAUGGUUUUUCAAAGAAACAGGCAAGUCUACCUGAAGUACAAAGCAUUGAUGAACAACAUCAGUUAGAUUUAAAAGAGACAUUUGGAAAACUACAUGAAAAGGACAAGAACAACAACUCAGCGUGCACUAAUUCUUGUGAACCAUGGAAAUGUUCCAACUGUAAUCAGAUGUUUGGCACAUUUUCUCUGCUGGAACAGCACUCGUGUGAAUCCAAGAAAGCUAAACCUGGCCGAAAACAGAAGGUUAAGAGAUCGCAUAGCAGGUUCAUUGUGAGGCAGUCUCAAGUAAAUGUACAACAGAUGGAGGGGAAAAAAGACAAUCAAGUCAACAAAGAAGGCAUUGCUGGUCCUUCAAAGUCACGAGUCAGAAAAGAACCACUGACGUUUGCUUGUCAUCUCUGCUCAAAGGUGUUUUUAAACCAUGAUAAACUCAAGACUCACAGUUACAUGCACACAGGAGAACGCCCAUUUCUGUGCACCAAUAGCCAGUGCACAAAGGCUUUCGUCUCAAAGUAUAAAUUGCUGCGCCAUAUGACUACACAUUCCCCAAUGAAAAUUCAUAUAUGUUCAUAUUGUGACAAAAAAUUCCACCGAAAGGAUCACCUCAAAAAUCACUUACAAACACAUGACCCCAACAAAGCAUCUUUUAGGUGCAGCUUUUGUGGCAAGAUGUAUAACACAAAACCAGGAUUCAAGAAGCACAUGGCACUUCAUGCUGCUGCAUCUGGUGAGCUGACUUGUAGAAUCUGUGAUAAAGACUUUGGAAAUACACCAAAUCUAUUAGAGCACAUCAAAUUUCAUUCAGGAAAGUCUAGUGGAGCUAAGGAGAAGAAGCAUCGAUGUGAACACUGUGAUAGACAGUUUUACACAAGAAAAGAUGUGAGACGGCAUAUGGUUGUACACACAGGUAGAAAGGAUUUUUUAUGUCAAGUUUGUGGGCAGAGAUUUGGACGUAAAGAUCACCUUGUUAGACACACAAGAAAAAGCCAUGACAGCAUUAACACACAAGUUAAAUUAGAUGAGCAGGUCAUCAGCCCUGCAAAAAUUCAACAGAUGCUACAUAAUCAUCAAUUUCAAGGACAACUCCAUCCUUUUACUCAAGAGAGUCCUUUGCACUGUUCUGUUGGACAGAUAGCACCCUCCUCCAACCAGCUGACUGAAUUGUUAAAAAUUCCUCCUAUGCCAUCUCCUAAAUAUAUAAACAAGAUGUCACAUGAAAUUAAUUCACCAGUAAAGCAAACUUUGAGAACAAGUUUGAGGGAUAAAGUACAGAUGAUGGCAACAGUAGACUCAGGAAGUCUAAAUCUUAGGAAUAUUACAGGGGAGUCACUCUGCAUGAGAUCAGUGGACUUAGGGCAAGAUAUAGGUACUGUGCCAGUCCAACAAGUGAGUCAACCUCUUGCAUCCUCUUCCAUGCCCUCCGCCACAAUGUCACCAUCUCCCACAGCACCAAUUCAACUAAGCCAAGAACCAACUUGUCAGCUUCAACAGCACCAAACUCAUCUUCAGCAGCUUCAGCAACCCAGUUUUCAGCAACAGACAAAACUUCCUAAGGAGCAUGUUCCUCCACAGCAGCAGCAGUUGCAAGCAGGACAUUCUUCCCACUCUUUGACAGAAACCACUAACAGCCAUUCUUGUUCAAAUAUAUUACAAGUACCGUUUGUGGGCUUGCGUUCUUCUCUUCCUCGAUUCCAUCAAGCUUUUCAGUAAAUGAAGUAAACGAAGUUGAAAUUUGUCAAUGAAAUGAUAUAAGCUAACUUGAGUAUAAUCUAAACAAUAAAACCUACUGAAAGUCUCAUAAAUCCAAUACAUUCACAUGAAGUGUUCUCUCUGUUCACUAGUUGUGCAUAACAUUACCGGGGCAAAACAAAACAUAUUUAACUGUGUAAAUAUAUACAUGUAUGUAAAAUAAACUUUAAACAGAUUUUUUUUGGGGGGGGUUGUGAGAUGACUACCAACAGGUCAUUGUGCCUGAGAUGCAGCUAAUAUAAGUAGAAGUUUUGUGUUUAGAAUUACUGCAGCCAACAAAUGUUACCUUUCUGAAGUGUAUUUUAGUGCAUGCAUUGUAAUUCGAAAGAAGAUUAAGCAUUUGCUGAUGGGGAGCCCAGUUUCAGAGACGUUGGCUUAAUAUGCACAAACAGGGUGCCCAAAAUCGGACAAAGGGAACUUGCCCUUUUAACAAAAUACUGUACUCAGAACAAAAGACCAAG